AUGAAUGAAUUAGAAUCAACUGGUAGACGUAGACGUAAUUUACAUCGAAUACUAUUUCAAUGCAGUUCUGUGAUACAAUUUCCUCAGUUAUUUACUUACAUGUCUGAUAUAAGAAAAAGAUCAGUUGAUCCAUUCUCAAAAUGGACUUUUCCUUUGGCGAAGUUGUUAAGUCAAGAUUUAAAUUUUACAUACAAUUGGUCAAUGGUCGAUAACUUUGGAUGGGAUAUCAACGGAACCGGUAUAUUUGAUGGAUUUGUGGGCAUGUUACAGAGACAAGAAAAGGAUUUUGGAAUGGGAGGUAUUUUAAUGAGGCUAGAUCGAAUCCCAGUUAUAGAUUUUACUGCGGAAACUAUACCAGUCAAAUCUCGGUUGAUAUUUCGUAAACCAUCCUUGUCCAGUAUCAGUAAUAUAUUUGUAUUGCCAUUUGAUUUAAAAGUAUGGAUUAGCAGCUUAGCUUUGUGCUUUUUGAUUGGUGUUUUUAUAUUUUUUCAAUUAUGGUUACAAAAUAGAAUAUCAACAUUACAGCCCAACGUUUCAAAAUUAACAGAUAUUGUAACAUUUAUAUCUGGUGCCAUGUGUCAACAAGGAUCAACAUUAAAUCCACACUCAUUAUCAUUACGUAUCACCUUCUUUUUGGUAUUUAUGGCUGGUGUAUUUUUAUUCACAUCGUAUUCAGCGAAUAUUGUGGCUUUAUUACAAACUCCUAGCAAUUCAAUAAAAACAUUAAAUGAUUUAAUUAACAGUCCUAUUGUGGUUGGAGUCCAUAAUAUAACUUAUAAUCAUGUAUUUCUUAAGGAAAGCAAGUCACCAUUAACAAAAAGAUUAUAUGAAAAGAAAAUACUACCUAGAGGUGUUAAAGGUUUCAUUGAACCUGAUGAAGGUUUAAAAUUGGUGCAACAAGGAAUGUAUGCAUUUCAAGUAGACUCUGGAUUUGCUUAUGAAUAUAUGAGUGCUAAGUACAGGGAACAAGAGAAGUGUGGUUUAGAUGAGAUAGAAGCAUAUCAACUACCGUUACAAUCAGUUCCUGUACGAAAACAUUUUCCAUAUCGUGAUUUAUUCACACAAAGAUUACGAUGGCAGAAAGAAAUUGGUCUUAUUGAUCGAACUCGCAGACGUUUAGUACCUCAAAAACCAAAAUGUGAAUCAUCUCGAGCUGAUUUUGUUAGUGUUGGGUUAACAGAGUUUAUGCCUGCAAUUCGUGUUUUGAGUUAUGGUAUAGAAAGCUUAAAUCCUUCAGACUUAUUGCCCUUUGUACCACAAUCAUUUCUCACGCUGUGUUGCGAACACAUGUUUACAUGUGAAAAUACAUUAAUUCAUAUGAAAGAAUAG